AUGGUUAGAAGUAAGGCAGGUAUAUUAAAUAGUCAUAUAUGUUUGUCUUUUAAACACCCGGAGUUAGGGUAUGUCAUGGAGCUUGGAGAUGAAACUGAUGUAUUUCAAUUGAGACAUGUAAUGUCUGAAUCAAAUAAUACGGUGCAUUUGUAUUUAAUGGUGGUUGGUGAAGAAGAUGGAGAACAAGCAGUGGUUAACAACCAGUUUAACCCAACAAAAACUAAUAGAGGUCGUAGAGAAAGCCAAUGUGAGGGAAACCGUUCAAAGGGAAGAGGAAAUGACAUUUUUGUAUCAGAUAAUGAUAUAGAACCAAAAGUGGGCAUGACUGAAUUACAAUGUGAAAAUUUGUUUGAGUUUGGAAAAGUUCCUGAAAUUGAUGAUCGAAGAUGUGAGGAAAAAUCAAACGAAGGGUGGUCGGAUGAUGAGUACACGCAACGAAAAACUACUUUUAAUCCAUGGUAUUGUAUUCCUUCUAUUCCUGAUUGUCCAGAACCUAUUCUUGAACCUAGACCAUUUCACAGUUUAGGUCCAAAUGAUAAGUUAAUUGUCAAACAAACCUAUAACACCAAAAAAGAGCUAGCAUUUGCUGUUAAAUUCAAAGACGUUAGAGAAAAGUUUCAAAUAAAGGUUGAAAAAUCUUCAAAAUCUCGGUACCAGGUUGUUUGUCUGACAAUGGUUACAUAUAGAGCACCCGCAAUUGCUGUAAGUAUUCAAAAUGUUUUUCCAAAUGCUCAACAUGGAUUGUGUGGUUUUCAUCUAAUAGGAAACAUAGUCCACACCUUUGGAAGAAACAAAAAAACAGCAAUUUUGUUUUGGAAGCCGGUAAGAGCUUACAAAACCACCGAGUUUGAAUUCUACUGGGGAUACUUCGUAAUAUAA